ACACUACAAAUAGGCAUAAUGAAAAACAAUAGCUCGUCCACUGAUUUAUGUGUUGAAGAUAUUGAAGCAAUAAUAUUGGAGAAAUCUGAUACUCAAGAAACAUUAAAUAUGUUGGUUGAGAAAUCAAGAAAAAAUACUGAUGAAGAUAAUUAUAUGAUUCUUACAAAUGACUUCUCAAAAAGCACACUACAAAUAGGCACUAUGAAAAACAAUAGCUCGUCCACUGAUUUAUGUGUUGAAGAUACUGAAACAAUAAUAUUGGAAAAAUCUGAUACUCAAGAAACAUUAAAUAUGUUGGUUGAGAAAUCAAGAAAAAAUACUGAUGGAGAUAAUUGGACUUAGACCGAAAUCAAAUUAUGAUUCGGUUUCAGUUACGGUUUAAUAAAAUAUUUGAAAACUGUACCGAUUCAAUUUCAGUAUAAUAGGUUCAAAUUUCUUGAUAAAUAAAGAAAAUCAAAAACCGUUUAAA